AUGGUGAAAAGAAGGCUUGAAGAGGACGAGAGCACGUCUGGAGAGGGACGAGAAGUGGGGAUGAGGAUGGUAAAGGAGCUUGAGAGCUCUGAAAUAGAUGAGAUAAAAGAGGAAUUAUAUGAGUCUUCGGAGCUUGAGGAAAGCGAGGUUAUGCAGCAUUCUGAUAUUGAAGACCUCAUAGGACAGGAGAUUUCAAGUAUGAAGUCUGAGGAAAACAAGGCAAGGAGAGAAGGAGAUUCUGGGAACGAGUACGACGCCGAGGACAUAUUUAAGGCUGACGAGAUUACAAAGGAUUUUUUUGAGCAAGGCUUUUUCCGGGUCAAGCUUACCAGGAAAUUUGUUCGUUUUUUCAAUGAGUUCCGAAAUAAGAAGUACAUUGGAAGGAUUCGGAAGAUGUGCUCGGAGAAUCUUGAGAGCAUAGAGGUGAGCUAUUUGGAUAUUGAAGAGGAAUCUACAGAUCUCCUGAAGCUCCUUAACCAGCAUGCAGAGAUGACGAUUGAGGUGAUGGACCAAGCUUUAUCCGAGGUGGUGAGGAUGCAUUUUCCAAACUACCAUCUCAUAAAGCCAAAGGUGCAUGCAAGAGUUGUUGAUCUUCCAGUGAGCGAUAGUAUCCGCUCACUGAGGAAUAGCCACCUUGGAAAGCUGGUGAGGGUAAACGGUGUGGUCACACGAAGAAGCGGUGUAUUUCCGCUUUACUCUAUUGUGAAGUUUAGCUGCCUUAAGUGCAAGUCUGUGUUUGGGCCAUUUGUGGCAUCAUCAUUUAAGCCUACACAUUGCUUUGAAUGCCAGUCGAAAGGGCCUUUUACUGUUAGUACCUCGGAGACCAUUUACAAGGACUUCCAGAAGUUAACAAUCCAGGAGAUUCCUGGGAGUGUCCCGCCAGGGUCUCUUCCUCGAUCGAAGGAGGUGCUGCUUUUCUAUGAUCUAAUUGAUUGUGCGAAGCCUGGAGAAGAGGUUGAGAUUGUUGGGAUAUACAAAAACAACUUCAAUGUGUCCUUGAACAUAAAGAAUGGAUUUCCUGUGUUUUUCACAGUGAUUGAGGCAAGUUCUGUUAGUAAAAGAGUUGGGAAGAUCGAGAUGACUGAAGAUGAUAUCAGGGAGAUCAGGAAGAUGGGAAGACAUCCGGAAAUCAAGAAAAUAAUAAUUAAUUCGAUAGCUCCAUCGGUGUAUGGACACGAAGAGGUGAAGAGAGCCAUCGCAUUAGCUAUGCUUGGAGGGGUUCCUAAGGAAAGUACAAGCCACAGGAUCCGGGGAGACAUUAAUGUCCUUCUUCUUGGAGAUCCUGGAAUGGCCAAGUCUCAGUUUCUCCGAUAUGUGGAAAAUACAUCGCACCGAGCAGUGCUGGCUACAGGGCAGGGAGCUUCGAGUGUUGGGCUGACGGCAUCUGUUCGGAAGGAUCCGGUUGUAAAGGAAUGGACACUCGAGGGAGGGGCACUAGUGCUAGCAGAUAAAGGAGUGUGCCUUAUUGAUGAGUUUGACAAAAUGAAUGAGCAUGACAGAACUAGUAUACACGAGGCGAUGGAGCAACAGUCGAUCUCGAUUUCGAAGGCAGGAAUUGUUGCAACAUUGCAUGCAAGAUGUAGCGUGAUAGCAGCGGCAAAUCCAAUAAGGGGGCGAUACAAUGGGUCUCUGACGUUCUCGCAGAAUGUAAAUCUGAGCGACCCUAUAAUAUCGAGGUUUGAUAUUCUCUGUGUUACAAAAGAUAAUAUCGACUCUGGAGAGGACGAGAAGACUGCAAGGUUUAUCAUAGAGUCUCAUGGAGGAGGAGAGAAGACCGAUGGGUUUGAUUCCAAAAAGAUGAUGAUGGGCCAGGAUUUGCUAAAGAAAUACAUACUGUACGCAAGGACCAAUGUGGUGCCUGUCUUCAAUGAUGUUGAUAUCGAGAAAAUCUCAAGCUUGUAUCUGGAGCUCCGUAAGGAGAGCUUGCCUUCUGGGCUUCCAGUGACUGUCAGACAUGUUGAGAGUAUUGUCCGGAUCAGCGAAGCAUUUGCAAAGAUGAGACUGAGUACAGCAGUCUCUGCCGAGGAUAUUGACGAAGCCAUUUCUGUUGUCCUCGACUCUUUCAUGGGAGCUCAGAAAUACUCUAUGUCGAAGAGCCUGAGGAAGAAGUUUAUAAAGUACUUCAACAGAAGCAACACAGAUGUUUUGAUUUUCCUUCUGAAAGAGAUGUUUAAUGAGAAGAUGAAGGCCUUCCAUUCCCAAUCUGUGUCUUUAGAUGAGUUCGAAAGGAGAAUUUCCUCCUUUGGGUUUUCAAUUCCAUCCAGCUUCUACUCUUGCGGCCUGUUCAAGAACAGCGGGUUCAAGCUUGACAGAGGGACAAGGCUAAUAUCAAGAAAUGCCUGCUAA